GGGGGGGUAAGGCGCGCGCCGGCGGCCCUGGGGCAGCCCCGAACACCCCUUGGAUUCCCCGUAGGAAGUGGCUCGGUGGGCGGCGGAGGGCCGGAGGGCAGGGCCGCGGACCCCUCCACCCCCACAGCGGGAGGGUGUGUCAGCCCGGGCCCCCCCCCCCACUCCUAGUACCGGCGGGUGGAGGGGGGGGUGUUGCAAGAAGCGGCGGCGGCAGGAGGAGGAAGUGGCCACGGAGGCGGCUGCUGAGAAUAGCGGGCUCCUAGCGGCGGCCUGGAGGAGGAGGAGGAGGAUUCUUUUUGCUCCGAGUCCUGGUUCCUGUUUUGUGAGUGGAGGUCGUGGCUGUGUGAAUCUUGGGGACGAAACCUUGUCUGCCUUGGCACGAUACCCCCCCCCACCCUGUGCAGCACCCCAUCGAAGGACGAAGAUGCAGACCUUUUUGAAGGGAAAAAGAGUUGGUUACUGGCUGAGUGAGAAGAAGAUCAAGAAGCUCAAUUUCCAGGCCUUUGCCGACCUGUGCAGGAAAAGGGGCAUAGAAGUUGUGCAGCUCAACCUUAGCAGACCAAUUGAGGAGCAGGGGCCAUUGGAUGUGAUCAUACACAAACUGACCGAUGUCAUCCUGGAAGCUGAUCAGAAUGACAGCCAAUCCUUGGAGUUGGUUCACAGAUUCCAGGAAUAUAUUGAUGCUCACCCUGAGACCAUCAUCCUGGAUCCCCUCCCUGCCAUUAGGACCCUUCUGGAUCGAUCCAAGUCUUAUGAACUUAUUCGAAAAAUUGAAGCCUACAUGAAAGAUGAACGGAUCUGUUCCCCACCCUUCAUGGAGCUCACAAGCGUAUGUGGAGAAGACACCAUGCAGCUUCUGGAGAAGAACGGACUGGCCUUCCCAUUCAUUUGCAAAACCAGAGUGGCCCACGGCACCAACUCUCAUGAGAUGGCCAUCAUCUUCAACCAGGAAGGCCUCAGUGCCAUCAAGCCCCCCUGUGUGAUUCAGAACUUCAUCAAUCACAAUGCUGUCCUGUACAAGGUGUUUGUGGUAGGCGAGUCCUACACAGUGGUACAGAGACCAUCUUUGAAGAACUUUUCUGCAGGAAUGUCAGACAGAGAAUCAAUAUUCUUUAACAGCCACAACGUGUCAAAACCAGAGUCAUCUUCCGUCCUGACAGCACUGGACAAAAUAGAAGGUGUAUUUGAGAAGCCCUCAGAUGAGGUCAUCAGGGAGAUUUCCAAGGCCCUUCGGCAAGCACUUGGUGUAUCGCUGUUUGGGAUCGACAUCAUUAUCAACAACCAGACGGGACAGCAUGCAGUCAUUGAUGUCAACGCAUUCCCAGGCUAUGAAGGUGUGACUGAAUUCUUCACUGACCUCUUGAACCACAUAGCCACCGUCCUGCAAGGCCAGAACCUGGAGAUGACUCCACUCAGCCACAACAAGCUCCUGGCUGACCCGUCUGGUGGCUUAGCGGUGGAGCGGACACGGGUCACCAGUACAGGGUGCUGCAGCAACGUGAUGGGCAAAGACUCCUCCUGGAUCGUGGAGAGUGAGACCAACAGCUCGAUGAAGCUACAGCACCAGAGACUAGGGUGCAACACUGCUGUGUCCCCCAGCUUCCAACAGCACUGUGUGGCAACACUGGCCACCAAAGCAUCCUCCCAAUAGCUGGUGGCACUAUGGACCAGGCGCAAGCAAAGGGCCCACCUAGAAUCACUAUAAUGAGGCAAGCAGCUUAGAAGAGUUCCACCUACUACUACAAAUUUCCAUUGAUUAUUUUUUUAACCUGAUUUCCUGAUGCAGUGAUUUAAAAGAAGGGGGAAAAAAACCACAGUGAUCAGAGUGGGAGAAAAUGUGAUGUUUCACCCACUUCCAUUUGCAAAUCUUUUACUAAGUUUACACACACUUGUGUUUUCAACACUAGACCUUAAUGUGUGGGAUGGUUGGUUUUUGUUUUCGGUGAUUCAUUUUGUGGUUUCUCGUGUGUGUGUGUGUGUGUGUGUGUGUGUGUGUGUGUGUGUGUGUGUGUGUGUGUGUACAUGUGCGGUUAUUUCCCCUUUAUAAAUUGUAAUUGACCACCAUGGGCCAACCUGUGUGACCUUUAACAAGUUAUUUCACCUGUCUAGACUUUAGAUUCCUCAUCUAUAAAUUGAGGAGGUUGAGCUCAAUUUCUAAGGUCCUUCUAGUCUGUAUGAUUCUAUGUCUUAAGUCCAGACCUCCUAGAAUUGGAGAGGCCAAGGUUGAAAUUGUGUGUGAAUGUCAUAAUUUAAAAAGAAGUUUGAGUUAUUAUAGAUGGUUUUAUGUUCUCUUUUGAUCACCCACCUGCACCAUUAAUUGGGGUCUGCUCUUCUUCCCUUGGCCCAGUCCCCUUUUUGCCCUAUUCCACAAUCCCAGCAGGAAAAUGACCUGUGCAGUGUGUGCCGAAACCACAUCUACUGGGCAAGAAGAGAUGAGUGGGUUGCAUUUGCCCUCUCUACCCUGCCCUAAUUCAUAGAGAGAUGACCCAAAAUGACCUUCAGAGGUUAUAAGGUAUGGGUUUCUGUAGGAGGUAUCCCUCUGAGUAGACCAUUUCAGGAAAGGAACGGGAAGGCAUAAGGAAUCUUCCUCACUCUGCUUUGGAAUAGCUUCUAGGACAGUUGACUCUAGUGCCAAUUGAAAGUCUUUCUGGCUUCCCUCAGAGAUAUCCUCUACAUACCCAGCCAGGUCCACCAUUCUGCAAUUUUAUAGUUUGCUGCAGAUAUGAGAGAACCCGGGUUCUAGUCCCAGUUCUUCCACUAACUUUCUGUGUGACCUUUUGAAAGUUACCUUUUGUUUCUGGCCCUUUAAAUUUCCUUUUCUUUGGAUGAGGAUGUUCUCUUUUAAGAUUAAAUCUAGCCAUAAAAUGUUAUGAUUCCAUAAAGCAUUCCUAGAUCUUAAAUAAGUGAAGGGAGUUGGGGGAACUCCUGAGCUUAGCAUAAUCGAGGGGCAUGACUUUUCUCUUUUAGGUCCCCCCCCCCCAAACCCUGAAAACAAAGCUGUAUACUGUUCGUCAGUGUCAUCAAUCUUGAUGAUGUGCAUCAUAAACCAGAGCACAGCCUGGUUAACACUACCCCAUUGAAAGAUUUGGGGCAGAGUCCAUAAACUCUACCUUGUAACCUAUUGCAUCUGCCAUUUCUUAACUUUCAGCUGUUCUUGCAAAUCCUAAACACUAAGUUCACAGUCAGAGGUUUGAUUGGCAAGGAGUUGAUUUUUGUCCCUCUCCCCUCAAAUACAAGGUCUAGGAACAGCCCAGAAGAAUACUCUCACUUUGACGAGCAGCCAAACUAACACCACUCUGUAAGUCACUGUUUCCCAGUCCAAACUAUACUGCAGGCGAGCAAAAUACUUAAAUUCUCUUCUGUGAUCUUCCCCCAUCCCCCUCCCUGACCUCUGCAACCUUGGAACUUUGUCUAGACCAAGGAGACCGAGUAGAGGGUUGGAGUGGUGGUGGAAGGUGAGGGACACAAGAAAGAAGAAGAAUUCCUUUUCUCAGUUUGUAGCUUAUACAAAGUAAGGACCUGAAGUGUUGUGGACCAUUAAGAUCUGCUGUGGGCUGGCAGGGGGGCACUCUGUUCUAAACCAUUGUUUGGCCAUGCUUUCCCUGCCCCCAAGCUCAAGUGGGAAGGGGAAAAAAAUCUCAUUUUUCCAAAACAUUCUCAAAGAUUUGUAAUGAUCUGUGGUGAUAUAUGAAUGUUCUCCCCGUAUGACUUUUUGAUGAUUUUCUUUGUCAAAUCUAUUUUUUGAGUCAAAUAGUAAGAUAUAAAUGCUUUUUAGGAGAGAAAAAAAUAUUUGGACCUUCUUCUGAUUCAUGUACAAUGAGGACAUCCUGGAUGAGAUUCUACCAUUGUAAGCUCUGUAUGGUACUGAGUUAAGGGAGAGAGGAGCAAAUGAGAUAAUGUGUAAAAGUGCUUUGCAAACCUUUAAGCGCUAGGUAAAUGCUAGCUAAUAUUUUGGUGGUUAUUUCUUUUUUGCCCCCUCUUGGAAUAAACCCACAUGGGAAUGAUCAUUUCAGUUGGGAAGGGGUGGGGUUUGUGGGAGGGGGGAAGGGUAAGAGGAUGGACCUAAUUGAAACUGUCAAGCUUCCUAGGAACUUGAGAGCUUUCCAGCUAACCAUGUUUACAUGACUUCUGAGCGUUAGUUCCAGUUUUAAUGUCUGUAUGCUGUUUCUUAGCUCUACUUUUGAAUCAGAGUGGAUUAAUCUGGCUUGCCUUAGAAAGUUUGGUUAGCCGAUUUUGCACUGCCUUGUUUCUCCAAAAUAAACUACUGAAAUGUAAUUGUAUUUUAUACUUGUUUACAAACAGUUGCUAAAAUUCUGUUAUGUAAUUCUCUAAAGUCUUUUUGAAAAAGGUUUUUUGGUUUUAUUUUGUUUUUAAUAGCUUUACCUUUUUAAAAUAAAAUCCCAGUCCUACACUCUCAAUAGAAAA